AUGCAGACGGACGCCUAUAUAAUCCAUGUCAAUGGAUCAGUGGCCCACCCAAAGGUCCUCGACGUGCAUGUCAAUAUUCAAGGUCCCAACACCGUUGAUAAAUUAAAAGCACGAAAGCCAAGAUGGGCAGUGCGUGCAUCCGAGAUGUCCAGAAAAACCUUUAAUCCCAUCCGAGCCAUCGUGGACACAAUGACAGCUGUUCCCAAUCCCAACAAGAAGAUGAUCGCAUUGUCUAUAGGUCUGUACUAAAACAAUUUCUGCCUUUACAACACUUAACAAACAGUCAUGACUAUUUUAUCCAAUUGUUAAUUUAUUCAACAUUACCAAACUUGAGAUUUUAAUUAUUUCAGCAAGCAUGAACGUAUUGCUGUUUGUUAAUGCUCACAAUUAUUAUUAUUUUUUGGUUAUAUUCACUGGAAUUCUUACAAGUUACACUUUAGUAAAUAACCCUUUAUAUAUGAGAGUUACUCAAUGAUGUCAUUGCUGUUUUAGGAGACCCAACAGUAUUUGGGAAUCUACCCACUGAUGAACAGGUCACCAGAGCCAUGAAGGAGGCCAUAGACUCUGAGAAAUACAAUGGAUACGCACCAAGUAUAGGUAACUAUACAUUUUAUAACAGUUUCUUACGUUGUCUAUCUCUUAUUUCUAAAACAAGCAUCCUCCAGACUGCAAUUCUACCUACCAGCGAGAUAGCCCAGUUGGUUAAAGCACCAACUAUAGAAUCUGGUGAAACGUGGGAGCUACAUUACAAACAGAUUAAAUAGUUACAAGACUGAUAAAGUAAAUUACAUUUAAUUAGAAUAACAUCUAUGUUCUAGGAUCUAUUUGAAAUAAUAAAUAUAUUCAAUUUGUAUCUCUGAAUAAAGCAUUUUAAAUAUUAUAUCUGUUGGUCCCUUACACUCUGUAGAGGUUUAUAAUAGCCCAUACAAUGACUUUAUUACUUUAAUAAAAGUUGUUAACAUGCACAUUAUUAUCUAAAGUAUUUUGUUCUCUAAGUUGGCUAUUAUUAACAGUUAAAUAUGCAAGUCAUUGCCAUCAGAUCCCAAACUGUAAGUUCUGACUGUACCAGACUGCUAGUUUCCAUCUUCUAUACACCAAACCCAUCAUCCUUAUCCUCACCAGCAUAUUCUGCCACCAGAGUUGAUGAAGCUUUUAUUUUAUUUGUAAGAUAAUUUUUCCUUUCCUCAUGAAGCCUUCUCUGCUCUUUCAUUGGCAGGAUACCAGUCCAGCAGGGAGGUGAUUGCUAAAUACUUUACCUGCCAAGACGCUCCUUUGGAAGCCAAGGUGGGUGCAUUGAAGGGGGGCUGGGGCAGAUAGGCUAAGCAACUUGUGACAUGUUCUGCAACAGUUGUGGAUCUAAAUCAGGGUUCUCCAAAUUCUGAUGUUCAGAUGUUGCUGAACUGCAACUCUCGUGAUUCUCUGGCUAUCUAUUUAAUUCAAAGCAUCAAGACAGUUGUAGUUCGGCAACAUCUCAAGGAACAAAGUUUGGAGAACCCUGAUCUAAAUUCUUGCAACCCCUCGGAGAGAGAGGAGCGUUCAUCCCUUGGGAACUGUCCUCAGACGUGAUCCGCCAUGUUCACCGUUUACAUGUUAAUUAUGGGACAGCCCUCUGAAAUGCCUUUCACAUCAGUUAGAAACAAAUGUCAACUUUUUAUUGUGCAAAGUUUGAGUUUUAAGAGGAAGCGUCACUUUUCUCGAAAUGAUAUCACUGAAUGAAACAUUAAAAAGCUCCUAUGAUUCAUGUUAUCGUGUACUUCAUGGGAUGUUCCAGUUUCUUUUGAAUGUAAAUUAAAGACAUGACAAUCCAGUACUAUAGUCCAUCAGAUAUAUUGGCAGAAUCUAAUGUUGCACCGGGAGUAUGGAGCUGCAGUAAUCAGAGGUUCAGAAAUUCACCUCUCCUGCAGGUGACAAGAGAGAAGAUAUGUGGCAGGCAGCGAGAUCUGGGAUCGACGGCAACAAUAUCCCAACAUGAAAAUUUGUCCCUGAAAUGGAACGCUUUAUGAAAAAUAACUUUUGAACAACAAAAUAUACAAAAAUCAUUUUAGCCGAACUGAUACUCUGUGCUUAUAACAACUUGCGUUACUAACAAAGAGUACAGGACAGGACUGGCCUUUUCAGUUACUCACCAAAAUGGGAAUUAAAGAGAAUUGACAAUAAUGUUACAAGUUUUAGGCCAAAAAAAGAUAGAAAUAUGCCCAGCGUGGCUAUUGUGGUCAAAAAUGUGUAAUUCUCCACAAUUCCCAGUUUAGUGAAUAAAUAUACGAAUGGAUUACAUGAGCCCUGCUUAAAAAAAUAAAAAUGGUGAAUACCUCUUUGGAUUUGAAAUGAACUCCAUGCAUCAUUACUGAAACAGAAGCAUAAACGUGUUAAAAUAUGAAAAAAAAUUAUCUUUGGUGCUAAAUAGAUGAAAAUAAUCUUCCAUGUUAUUGAUAUAUGAAACCUUAUUGAAAACCAUAUGUGUCUCACCGAUACAUAUGAUGCGCAAUAAUAAUAAUAGCUGUAAUAAUAUUAUCUCUCUCUCUGUAGGACGUCAUCCUCACAAGUGGCUGCAGUCAAGCUAUCGAGCUAGCUUUGUCUGUCCUCGCCAAUCCUGGUCAGAACAUCCUGGUCCCUCGUCCGGGUUUCUCUCUCUAUAAAACAUUAGCCCUGUCUCUCGGAAUUGAAGUGAAACUGUAUAACUUAUUGGUGAGUUUCAGAUUGUAGAGAUAGCCAUGUUUAGGGCAAUGACCUCUCAAUGUUGGGCUGUGUGACACACGGGUGCAGGAGGGUGGACAUAUGCAAGGCACUCAGAUCAUGUCAAAAUCCUAGAUCUGCCAUAUAGAGCUGUACACAUUUGUAGUAAGACAGCCGUAUUUGGGAGCCAGACUGUUUUUUUAGCAUAAUAUAGUUCUAUGUGAAAUAUACACAAAGUCGGAGCUAGCUGUAACUUUUCAUUAGCCAGGGCUGCUUGGCGUCUGCAGUUUAUUGAGUCUUGCAAUAAGGCAUUUGAGUGACUUAUUGAGUCAAGACAUAGCCACCCGGACAUGCGAAUUGUGAUUGUGCAUCUAGCAAAAAAAUAGCUGAUAUUGAAAAAUUCUCCAAUUCAGUUAUAGUCACAGUUUGGACAAUUCAUACUGAGUUUUGCAUUCCGUUUUCAUUUAACUACUAAUCGUUGUGUUUAGUAAAUGAAUUCUCAUUAUUUAAAAUUGAGUAAUAUUGCUCACUUACUUCAAGUACCCAGGAGAUACAAUAUGUAAAGGCAAGUUAACUGUACACUCUUACUGACAGAUAGGAAGACAAAACAAAAACAACUAAAUCAGUUCUCUACGGGUUAAGGUACCCUCCGAAUGUGUGGAUACCUGACCGAAUGUGUGGAUACCUGACCGAAUGUGUGGAUACCUGACCGAAUGCGUGGAUACCUGACCGAAUGUGUGGAUACCUGACCGAAUGUGUGGAUACCUGAUCUAUUUCAUUCAUAGAAUCAUGGGAGUUGUAGUUCAGCAACAUCUGGAGGGCCGAUCUGUUUAUAGGGCACUUCAUUUGGUCUCAGAUUUACAAUUAUUGGGUGAAUUGACAACAAUUCCCAGUCUGGUGAACGGAUAAUCCCAAUUUUUCCUCUUUGUAGCCUGAGAAGUCAUGGGAGAUUGACCUGAAGCACAUGGAAUCUCUGGUGGAUGACAAAACCGCCUGCAUUAUAAUCAAUAACCCGUCAAACCCCUGCGGCUCCGUCUUCAGCAAGAAGCACCUACAAAAGAUCCUGGCAGGUGAGUCCAUUAACCAGUGCCAGGUGUGAUUCCAAAAUGAUACUAGGCCAGCCAUAAUGUUUGGCAAAGCACCAAUGUGAAUUGUAGCUUUAAGACUAUAAGCUGGCUGAGCGUUAUGGGAGUUGUAAUAGUGGCAUGGGAGUGACCAAUAAUCAAUGCACAUUAACAAUAGCAACAUAUAGCCAAAUAUGGUAAUAGAACAGGUGGUGAUAAUGUGGCCAUCACCAAAUGGUAUUCUGAGUUCAUUGUUCAUGUCAUGCAAAGAUCAGAAUGUUUCACUAUGCCAUCUAAUCCCACCACCAUGGCUACAGAUAAGGAACACAGUGUAGGUGAAUGUAGCUGAGACAUAGUGACCUCUUUACUGAAUAAGGGGUGUGAGAUUAACUCAGCCGUGAACUCACUAAUUCUCAAAUUGCUAAAAAAACAACUUUGGAGAUCCCUAUUACCUUCCAUGGGGAACUGGGGGAAUUUGGUGAAAUGUAGUCAGCAAACCCGAGUGCAGAAUAUAGAGGUCCAGCAUUCUGCAAUAUUGCCACAUCAAGGACAGUUCCACUAGUAAAUGGAGAUAUGGCUAUUUAUUUUCAUGGUUUUCAAUGAACUAACUCUUUGGGCAAACAUAUGACAUUAGUUUGAAAACUAGAAAGCAAAUCAUUCUAAAUAAAUCUGAACUCAAAGAGAAAUCAAGGCCUCUCUCCUUGCUUCUCUCUUUUAUAUAUUGUUGAGUUUCAUUAUUUGUCACCGUUUUGGUAACCAGGUAGCGUCUGCAUUUGUGAUCUGGUGCGACUGCUAGAGACAUAGGCAUAUCUGAAGGUAUUCUUAAUGUUUUCACAGUGGCAUCAAGGCAAUGUGUGCCCCUCCUUUCUGAUGAAAUCUACGGCGACAUGGUGAGUGGGUUAUAUUUAUGUCUGAUUGUACGUCCUCAUACUUAUUAGUAUCGUAAAGUGACAUAGUAUUGAAAUAAUGCUGAAAGAAUCAGCAGAUCCACAAUGUUCUAGACAGAACAUUGGGAUUGUAACCAGUUCUCAAGGUGUAUGGACAUUCUAGGGCUAAUCACACUCAAUUAAACUGUACAGACUAAUCUAUAAAUUAUAUUGUCCACCUUUUACUGUCGAGACGGUGGUACCUUGUGAAUUCUGGAUGUUGCUUCAGGCUAACGCACCCUUUGUUACCCUCCCGGCAUGGGCGUCCACAGGGGGGAGAAGGGGGGGCCACUUGCCCCCCCCCCCCCGGAUCUUUCAGCUUGUUUUCGUGUGAGAUCGAAAAUACAGUGCAAUACCUGCGCCGGCUGUGUAUAGAGAGACAGGGAUAGGAAGCUGCAUCUUAUCCCUGCUUCUCUCUGACUGAAUCCGCAGGGGAGCAACACAUACAGCCAGCAGAGACAGCCUACAGAUCAGGUAAGUGAGGCAUGGGGGGGCAGAGAGAGCCUACAGAUCAGGGAAGUGAGGCAUGGCAGGGCAGAGAGAGCCUACAGAUCAGGUAAGUGAGGGAUGGGGGAGCAGAGAGAUAGCCUACAGAUCAGGGAAGUGAGGGAUGGGGGGGUAGCAGAGAUAGCCUACAGAUCAGGGAAGUGAGGCACAUGGAGGGGCAGAGAUAGCCUACAGAUCAGGGAAGUGAGGCACAUGGAGGGGCAGAGAUAGCCUACAGAUCAGGAAAGUGAGGCACAUGGGGGGCAGAGAUAGCCUACAGAUCAGGGAAGUGAGGCACAUGGGGCAGGAAGGGUCAGCAAGGACCAGGAAGGUAAAGUAAGAGAAGGAGCAGAAAGGAGAAGGAAUAGAAAUGAGCAGAAAGGGGCAGCAAUGAGCUGGGAAGGACAGGAAGGAGCAGAAAGGAUAAGGAAUAGAAAUGAGCAGAAAGGGACAGCAAGGAGCUUGAAGGGACAGCAAGGAGCACAACAGGUAAAGUAGGAGAAGGAGCACAAAGGAACACAAAUGAGCAGGAUGGGUCUGCAAGGAGCAGGAAGGGUCAGCAAGGAGCAGGAAGGGUCAGCAAGGAGCUGGAAGGUAAAGCAGCACAAAGGUAAAGUAGAAGGAGCAGAAAGGGUCAGCAAGGAGCUGAAAAUGGCAGGAAGGGACAGAAGGAGCACAAAGGUAAAGGAGCAGAAAUAAUCAGAAGGAGCACAAAGGUAAAGUAGGAGAAGGAGCAGAAAGGGUCUGCAAGGAGCAGAAAGGGAUCAGAUGGAGAAAGGAUCAGACGGGGGAGCACAAUAAGCAGAAAGGUAAAGGAGCCAAGUAGGAGAGAAGACAGUGUCAGAAGAAAAAGAAGACUGUCAAAUGAAGGAGAAGAAAAGGAGAUUGGAGCAGGAAGGACAAGUGAAGUGAACCCACUUUAUUUUGGACACCACAUCAUGAGGCUUUGGUACCUGGGCCUGGCAGGGAAACUCUGGACCUUCUCAUCUCCCCAGGUAAAAAAAAAUCUCAGUGUUAAUGUAUUCACUUUUAUUUACUGAGUGUCAGGAAGCACAGAGUGCCGCUGGGGAGGGGUGUAGCCGAUUGGCUAGAGCGGUCAGCUGGCACUCUAAGCCAAUCAGUAGCUCCCCAUUCAUAAAAACGUUUAAAAAAAUUAUGAAUCGGGAACUAGCAAUUGGCUUAUAGCGUCAACUGUCAACUCUAGCCAAUCAGCGGCACCCAUGCCGGACGUCAAUCUGCACUUCCUGACACUCAGUUUCAGAAGCCGAAUACCACUGAGCAACCUGGAAAUCUCGAGCUGGAGGAAGCCUUUGGGGUUAAACUUUUGAGAGUGGUUUAACCCCUUAAAGGAAAAGAACACCCAGGGGCUUCCUGGCAUUUUCAUUUAGAUGAAGUUGUUAUGGUGACCAGAAUGUUCCUUUAAUUUGCUUAAAGGAACACUAUAGUGUCAGGAAUACAAACAUGUAUUCCUGGCACCAUAGUUGUGAAAACACUAUUCACCCUGGCUUUAUGUGAUAAUGACUAUGCUCCUCCCCUUCAUAACACUGUCAAAAAAGGUACCAAGCAUGGAUGUCAUUACAGUUAUGCCCCCCCUGGAAAAAUUCCUGCGGACACCCAUGCCUCCCGGUGUUUUAUCCUCAGUUGUGUCUCUCUCUCUUUACCGGACUGCUUAUCCUAGCUUUCUGGUUCAUGGUUUCAAGAAUUUUUGACCGUGUCUCCCACCCAACCCCUUUCUUCCACUUUUUCCCUUUUCUUUCUAUCUUUAUUCUACUAUCUUGUUAUCUAAUUCCUCCUUGUGCUUUAUUAUAUUGACAGUCAUGCAUGGACAUUUGAUGUGUUUUGUUCUGUUGUAAUACUGACUGUCGGUUUAUUAUGUUUAUUGGUGUCUUGGCACGCCCUUGGGGCACAUAUAUGCUCUGCUUUAGUUUCUCUAAAUGUCAAUAAACUUCAGUUUGAAAAAACUAGAACGAUAAAGUAAUAUCUCACAGCCGGAUACCUCGCAUAACUGGUAAACAACAGGUGAUAAAACCCUUAAGAGCCCUCAUGGCGAGCCCGCAGCCAUCUCCUCCAGGCACUCCCGCUGUCCAGAUGUCACAAUGACUUGGCAGUUUGUGUUCUUUUGAAGUAGAUCAUUUCCUUGGACUAUCUGUUCUUCACUAAAUACUUCCAGAUGUCUAAUGGUUCCUUCACAAAGCAAUAACAAGAUAGACAAACCCUCCGAGUUCAAUUACCUCUUAUAGGAAAUAUUUCUUAGGGUUACCAGAUAGAUCAACAAAAAUAUACCCACCAUGCCAUAUUCUGGUAGGUCAGAACCGGGAGUUAGGAGAAGAAAAUAUUUUGGGAUUAUUCCUCCAGUGGAGACCAGUCAUGACUGUGUCAUAAAGUAUUCAUAAGUAAUUAAAGACAACUAUAUUCUCCAGUAUUUUUUUUUCUUUUGGAUAUGUACCACAUACUUUCAUUAAUUCUCAUUUUCUCUGUGUUCUUCAACUCUAGUCUCUUUAAUGUAAAUUUCUCUACAAAAUAUUUUGCCUGAGCAGUAAACAUUCUUUCGAUUUCAGAGGAAAUUCUUUACAAAACUGCUGGUUUAAUUCUCUACAAGAAUUGUGCACAAAAAAAACCUCUUAUUUAAAUUAUAUUUUAAAUAAGGUAAUCAUAAUAAAAAGGUAAGUAUGUAAUGUCAGCCAAAAACAAAGCAGAUCUUUGUAGACCCAGUUACGAUGUUAGAUGGAUCUAGUUGGACUUUGGUCAGUGGUAAAUCAUUUGUGCUGGUGGAACAUCCUCUGGCCGAUCUGGAUGUGUCUUCAGUUGUGAAACCAUUGUGACAUUGUGUGUCCACACAAAUAUUCCAGUAAUUGGCAAUACCCUGCACAUCUGAGCUCACGUUAGAUCACGUUCUCAAAAACUAUUCCUCUCUGUGCUAUUAUGUUUAACCUUUAAUUGUAGUGUAUAGAUCUAGUUUGUACCAAUGAUGAGUAAAUCCAGGUAGAAAUUUGCUUUCUUAUUUACAUUUCUCUACAUUUGUCCCUCUAGGUUUUUGAGGAAGGGGCUUUUCAUUACUUAGCAUCACUCAGCACCAACAUCCCAAUCCUGUCAUGCGGAGGGCUCGCUAAACGCUGGCUGGUACCAGGCUGGAGAAUGGGGUGGAUUCUAAUUCAUGACCGGAAGGAAAUCUUUGGAAAAGAGGUAAUAGGAGAAUUGUUGCAAAAAUGGACAAGACACUGGGAAAUUAACCAAAUUCCAACUUGAUUUGUAAAGUGGUUCAGAUCAGACUCUGUGAAACAUCUACAGGGAGCAGAGGCAAGGGGCUCCUUUGUCAACUACACUGUAGUUGUACUGUACUGACAGUAAUCCCACUUUACAAUAAUUUUCAAUAUUUAUUGGCAAUCAUUUCAUAUAACCUAACAAGAACCUGUUAACGACAGUGGUUGUGGUUUCUUGUCUGCAGCUUUUGCAAACCCUUCCUUUCUAACCCGGCCCGGAAUUUCUGUGGCUGUCCAAUCACAGACUUCCCAAUGUAGCUCAAUGAGAAGUCUUUGCAAGGCAGGUGCUCUGGGCAAUUGCUGUCUCUUGAGAUUAUCUCCACUGAACUAAACAAACCAGGAAGUAACAGGACCGGGUGUCUGAUUGACAGUCAGUGGGGGUGUAACAAGGUUAAAUUAUAAAAGUGUAAAUUUUUAUUGAAAUCUGCGCUUUUUGUAAAAUGACAAAAAAGAGGACACACUUUUCAUGCUUAAAUCCCUUCUGCAAGCUAAAGCAAUUUAGGAAUCCAGAGUGUUCCUUUAAGUUAAGCAAUAUUUGAUCUAUAACUUGGGUUAGCCAGUUCUUUGUUGUGCUUUUAUCGUUGAGCACUUUAAAACCUUGUAUCUUUUGGUAAAAUGGCAUAUUGGUUUAAAAAAAAAAAAAAACAUCUUGGAAUUACCAAGACAAGGUCAUUUCUCCAUAUAAAUGUAUUGCAUGAUUCUGUUCCAUAGAACGGAAAUGAACAGUUCCCCUGCCCCAAGAAUGCUAUUUCCAUGUGUUUAUGUCAAACAGAAGUUAUUUUAAGAGAAGAACGAUACAUCUGAUAACUGUUAGUUCUUAAACUAGGAAUUCAUCCAGUUGGAACAUACAGCGGAAAACAUGUCAUAUGUAGCAUACGUGGCCUUUUUGAGACAGCUUCUGAAUGCCUUAUAUAAAAUAGAAUUCACAGAGUUGAUUUUAUUACCGUCCUUAGAUCAGAGAAGGUCUUGUGAGGCUAAGCCAAAGAAUUCUUGGACCAUGCACCAUUGUCCAAGGUGCCCUGGAGCACAUUGUGAAAAGGACACCUCAAGAGUUCUACGAUAACACCAUUAACUUUAUCAAGGUAUGCACCCUGCUUGCAGCUCGUAAUGUUCUCAAGUCAAUGAUAUCCACUAAGAAAGGCGUGAUAUGAAAUCUGGAGGUCAAUUUAUUAACUAGGUAGGAGAGGAGGCACAAAGCUCCAACCAUAUGGAAAACUUUCUUCAACUAUAAAGAAUAUGAUGAAAUGAGGCAGGAAUAGGAAACUCAUUGCUCCUUAACUUGUGCUGACAGAGUCUCGUUAAAAAGAAAGCAUUAAUUAAUUUCUCAGCUUCAAAAGCCCUGAUUGUAUUUCUCCGGCCAGUUAAUAUGAGCUUGUGCCAGUGUGACCUAGCUCUUUGGUACUUAAAACAAAAAUUCACAAUGGUUUGCCAUUUUAAGGACUGUUAAUUGAUUUGCUGAAUUAUUUCAGGAGCAGAAAACCAGGUACAAUGUGCUUUGUAUGCCCCUAUCGGGCAAGCUGAUCUCAUGUUAAAGGGGAACUGUCAUACUUGAAAACGAGAGAAAUCUCAAUGUAUCCUUCCUGCUAAAAUAUUUGAUAAAUAAAUGAUAAGAUUUCCUAUAAUUCUUAUUUAAUUUAUUGCAUUUGAUGAUUAUAUGUCAUGGGAUUUGCACAAUAAAUAGCAAGAAAUAUUGUAUUAUUUUUUAAUUAUUUUAAUUAUAAAUUUAGUAAUUGUUAAACUCCGGAAUUAAUGCAAUUCCUACCCAUUUAUCUGCAAUUUUCAAUGUGUUUUUUUGUGUAAAAUCACGAGGAGGAACAGAAUUUGAAUUAUUUCUUCUUCCUUUUCAAGUAACCAUUGCCCAUUGUUCGAGGCUACAAACCCAACCGAACUGUUUUGUAAAUGUAUGACUUAAUAAAUAAACCCCCACAAUACAUAUUUUUAUAUUCAAUAAAAUUAGCGAAGAUACGGCCUCCAAUUCUUUUUAAACCUUUAAAGAUAGAGAACAAACAUACAAGUUGCAAAGAUCAGACUGGAACAGGAAAAUAACUUUAGGAGUUAUUUCUCAGGUCCAGCCGGAUUGAAGUGUUGCGUGUUGUCCAAUUUACAUUUGUGAAAAGAAAAGAAAGAAACCGCGCCCAAGUAAUAUGAAUAAAGUGAUAUACGUACACAAAUAUGUAUGAAUGAUAAACACUUUGGACCUCAAGAGAAAUAAAAAUAAUAAUGAUAGUGCAGUACAGUAUGUACAAAAUGAUAAGUGACGUGUGAUCUGUGAUGAUUACACUCACAUUUGCUUGAGCUAUAUCAGAGCUCAGCUGUAUCAGCGCCUGGACGGAACAAUCCCCGUCUAAGGAUAUAGGUAGGUGCAGAUGUCCAAAUGGCUUAGAUGAAUAGUAGUGUGCAGUACAUAUAUGGGAAUAAAUACAGAAAGAUGUGCUCCAAUGGUGAAAUAAGUAUGCUAAAAUAUAUAUAAAAUAAAAGGGUAUCGUACUCACAUUUACUAGAGCAUAACUUGCUCUAGUGUGUAUAGCGUUGGUGGUAUAAUCCCCACCCAGGGAUAUGCUGGUACCAGGAAGUGAAGUUUUGAAAAAUUAAAAAAGUGUAUAUAUAGAUAUAAAAUACACUAUUUAUUUACCAAACAUAAAAAACGAUAAGAACAAUAAAAAUAAACUUCAAGAGUAAACUUCAAACUUUUGAAUAGACUUCAAACUUUUAUUGUUCUUAUCGUUUUUUAUGUUUGGUAAAUAAAUAGUGUAUUUUAUAUCUAUAUUUACACUUCUUUAAUUUUCCAAACUUCACUUCCUGGUACCAGCAUAUCCAUGGGUGGGGAUUAUACCACCAAUGCUAUACACACUAGAGCAAGUUCUGCUCUAGUAAAUAUGAGUACGAUACCCUUUUUAUUUUAUAUAUAUUUAAGCAUACUUAUUUCACCAUUGGAGCACUUUUUCCCUCCAUAUAUGUACAGCACACUGCUAUUCAUCUGAGCCACUUGGACAUCUGCACCUACCUAUAUCCUUAGACAGGGAUUGUUCCGUCCAGGCGCUGAUACAGCUGAGCUCUGAUAUAGCUCAAGCAAAUGUGAGUGUAAUCAUAACAGAUCACAUGUCACUUAUCAUUUUGUACAUACUGUACUGCACUAUCAUUAUUAUUUUUGUUUCUCUUGAGGUCCAAAGUGUAUAUCAUUCAUACAUAUUUGUGUACAUAUAUCACUUUAUUCACAUUACUUUCUUUUCUUUUCAUGUUUUACCACUCACACGGUUGGGAAUCCUUGUAUUAGUUACUGCAGCCUGUUUUUUAUAUCGUAUUAGUUUUUAGUGAGCGCCUAUUACAUAUCUUUAGCUGCAAUUUACAUUUGUGAAGUAAACCCGCUUUGGAGUAAAAAGACUGGUGUUGCCGUUUGUGUGUAUCUGUCGGAGGGACUUACAAGAUUGUGCGAAUGUACAUCUGACGUAUAUUGGCAAUUGUAGGUGUGCAGAAUCUGAUUCUACUGUUUACAAAGGCCAGUGGUUCAGGGCCCCAGGACUAGAACUAUUUGAUAUCCACAUUUUGACCUCCUUAUCUUCUCUUUGGCAAUCCAUCACGCCAAUUAUCUGUUCUCUAGAACAUUCGCUAAAACAUAUCCUAUUUUGUGUACUUUAUUUUUGCAGUCUAAUGCUGACCUGUGCUAUACCACCCUCUCGUCUGUCCCUGGACUCUGCCCGGUGCGGCCGGCUGGGGCCAUGUACCUAAUGGUGAGACAUUUCGUUGGUUUGCCAGACACAAAACAAUAAUUAACUUGUAACUUUCCAUCUGUUAAAUUGAAGCCCAUGCUGUUUUACAUGGUUAUAUAUGUUGACAGACGGCACCUUGGGGCAAGACACUAAUACAUAUUUGUAAAAACAGGAAGUGGGUCGGGAUUUCAGGGUGAGAUUUGUGGGAGGAGUAAACGCUUUUUUGGGAUGAAAACAAUAUCACUGAGAGAAACUCUAGGAACCGGGGGUCAUUUCAAAUGGUCUACCUGUCUCUCACCUUUACUGACCUUCCAAGACUAGAGCUGGCUCCUCUGUGUUUUGUUGUUUUGAUAACACGAAUUGCAUGACACGUGCUCUCUUUUUAAUGAACAGGUUGGCAUUGAUAUGGAGCACUUCCCAGAAUUUGAGAGUGACGUAGACUUCACAGAACGGAUGAUAUCAGAACAAUCUGUCUUCUGCCUCCCAGCCACAGUAAGUGCUCUAAGAGUGGAGGUCUCCCUGUUUACGAUUUAAUUCCCAUAAAAUUGUUCUUUGUGUACUAAGAAUCCACUGAGCGCUGCAAAAAAUUUCUCAAUUAUAUUUGUUUUCGACCUCUUUUCCUGCUUUUCUCACUCAUCCUUUUGUUCUCCCUGUUAGUGUUUCGAAUAUCCCAACUACUUCCGCAUUGUCCUCACUGUUCCAGAAGACAUGAUGAUUGAAGCCUGCCGACGCAUCCGAGAAUUCUGCCAACAACACUAUCAGGGUGGAGAAGGGUCGCAGGACUUAGAAUGUGACAAAUAA